CUCUCGCUGUUGCUGCUGUCAUUGCCCUUAGACCUGAAGCCCCAGAUGCUGUCCGGGACGGUGCCCUGUCUCCCCGCCUACAUUCUCUACAUGUGCAUCAGGCAUGCAGACUACACCAACGACGACCUCAAGGUGCACUCCUUGCUCACCUCCACCAUCAACGGCAUCAAGAAAGUCCUGAAGAAGCACAAUGAUGACUUUGAGAUGACAUCAUUCUGGUUAUCCAACACCUGCCGCCUUCUUCAUUGUUUAAAGCAGUACAGUGGGGAUGAGGGUUUCAUGACUCAGAACACGGCGAAGCAGAACGAGCAUUGUCUUAAGAACUUUGACCUCACCGAGUACCGCCAGGUGCUGAGUGACCUUUCCAUUCAGAUCUACCAGCAGCUCAUUAAAAUUGCCGAGGGUGUGUUGCAGCCCAUGAUAGUUUCUGCCAUGUUGGAAAAUGAGAGCAUACAGGGACUCUCUGGUGUGAAGCCAACAGGCUACCGGAAGCGCUCCUCCAGCAUGGCAGAUGGGGAUAACGCAUACUGCCUGGAAGCCAUCAUCCGCCAGAUGAAUUCCUUCCAUACAGUCAUGUGCGACCAGGGCCUGGACCCUGAGAUCAUCAUGCAGGUGUUCAAACAGCUUUUCUACAUGAUCAAUGCAGUGACUCUUAACAACCUGCUCCUGCGGAAAGACGUCUGCUCUUGGAGCACAGGCAUGCAACUCAGGUACAAUAUAAGUCAACUUGAAGAGUGGCUGCGGGGAAGAAACCUUCACCAGAGUGGAGCAGUUCAGACCAUGGAACCUCUGAUCCAAGCAGCCCAACUCCUGCAAUUAAAGAAGAAAACCCACGAGGAUGCAGAGGCCAUCUGCUCGCUGUGUACCUCCCUCAGCACCCAGCAGAUUGUCAAAAUUUUAAACCUUUAUACUCCCCUGAAUGAAUUUGAAGAACGGGUAACAGUGGCUUUCAUACGAAUGAUCCAGGCACAACUACAAGAGCGAAAUGACCCUCAGCAGUUGCUAUUAGACUCCAAGCACAUGUUUCCUGUUUUGUUUCCAUUUAAUCCAUCUUCUCUGACCAUGGACUCAAUCCACAUCCCAGCGUGUCUCAAUCUGGAGUUCCUUAAUGAAGUCUGAAGAUGCACAUUUCCAACAUUAGCUUGAUUCUUAAUGAGAAUAAGAAGAAAGUAUAUACAAUAAAAUGAAUUCAAGGAUCUGUUAAAUCUGAUAAAAGUGGAUCAAAACAGAUUGUGAGCCUGUGGAGAGGGCUGAACUAUACAGAAUAAGACGUACCUGUCAUUUUUUGUACCUACUGCUCAGAAUAAAAACACUUGAAAUAUGUAA